CUUCUCCUUCCCCGUUCCACUUCUCUGUCAUAAAAAACCUCUGUUUCUCUUCAAAACAAAAAACCCGAUAAUGACUUUCUUCUCCAUUGUUUCACAAACAUGAGAACAACGACUACACAAUGCACUCGGCAGAGAGGCUCCACAGCACCAUGGAGAUCUGUGGUGGAUUGACCCAAGAGACAACUCUCCACUUCCACCCAUUUGCACGGAUGGGUUUGCUUGAAGCUUUUCUCUCUGUCUUUGGAACACUGGUAAUUCAGAAAACUUGCAGCUACAAAGGCAUCAUGUCUGCGCCCGAGUCAAUUGGAAACAACACUCAGAAAAAGCUUAUAAAAAUAGUUAUCAGUUUAGACACUGUGUGUCCAUGGUGCUUUGUGGGCAAAAAAAAUCUUGACAAAGCUAUAGCUGCAUCUAAGGAUCACUAUGACUUUAAGGUUUUUAGGGGCCAUGGAUUGGAAUAUAACCUUUUAGGACUCACGUAA